UUAAACCAUUUUUACUGCAAACUAAUAAGUACAAACAAUUAAAACUGACUAAAUAAUGUUUAUAAAUAACGGUAAUAUUCUAUCCACUUCAUUUUUAUUAAAGUAAAAUACAAUAGAUACCUACCUUAUCUUUCACAUAUUUCUGCCUCUUCACCGUUAUCAAGCGAAUAAAUAGCAUCAAGUCAUCAAAACACCCUCAAAACGUCUUCGUGAUGAUUGGAAAAAUGCUUUCUGUUUCUGUUGUUUUCCUUGUGUUCUGUUUUCUCGUUGAGAAAAUUUCCGGUCAUGGAAUGAUGAUGGAACCACCAAAUCGCAGUUCUUUGUGGCGGUUUGACCCAACGGCACCUCCAAAUUACGAUGAUAAUCAGAAUUUUUGUGGCGGAGUGGCCGUCCAAUGGAGCCAAUUUAAUGGCAAGUGUGGUGUCUGUGGCGAUAUCUACUCCGAUCCACAUCCACAAGCGAACGAAAAUACCGGGACUUAUGGUCAAGGGAAGGUUGUACGGACGUAUGAUUCAGGAAGUGUGAUUGAUAUCACAAUUAAUUUGACUGCUAAUCAUAUGGGAUAUUUCAACUUUAGUGUAUGUGUUUUGCAAGAUCCAAACGCCCCAGAAUCGGGAGAAGAGUGUUUCCAACCCAUCACACUGGCAAAUGGCGAGCCGAGAUAUUAUAUUCAAUCAACUGACAAGAGUUUGAUUGUUGAUACUCAGGUUAAGUUACCCGAUGGCCUGAAAUGUGAUAGAUGUGUUCUUCGUUGGCAUUACAAUUGUGGCAACAGUUGGGGACAAUGCGAUGAUGGCAGUUUUGCGGACGGAUGUGGGCCUCAAGAGACUUUUAGAUCGUGUGCUGAUAUUGCAGUUGUGUAGUUUGGUAAAAAUUUUGUACAAAAUGGAAAUAAAACCCAAAUAAAGUCUAUCAAAUUACUGUGAACAGUUUUAGUGUAAAAAUAGUUUAAUAUUUUAUUAUUUUAUUGUUUCAAAGUAAUAAAAUAUUAUUAAACAAUUAUUAAAUAAUUUUUACAAAAAAAA